AUGGACAUCAAGAGAGCUAAUGCUCAUGCUGGGAGGACCAUUGGCUACUGCUUUGUAGGGGCCGUACCUGUCGUUAUAUGUAUAAUUAUCAUCAUUUUGAAGCUGAAAUCCUCUCGAAGAGCUCGGUACCAGUCUUCAGACUCAAGUUCAAAUCUUAGGAGUCCCAGAGCUCCGGCCACCUACGGAAGGAGUCGAAAAAAAACUCUAUCGAGAACAGCUUUGGACGAAAUACCCAUAUACAGGAUUGAGAAAUCCCCCGGCAGUAGAAGACGCAGCAGCAGUCCUGAUAUGGAAAGAGGAAUCUCCUGCCAACGGUCAAACACCAACCGGCCCAGGUGCACAUUUACUUUGGAGCAUCCCGACCAAGACCUUGUACUAAGGGAGCCGAUUAGCUCGGUAGGUGGCUCUACGACAAUCGAUUUGGUUUGUGCUAUCUGCACCGAGAAUUACACAGAAGGCCAGCUCGUACGCAGUCUUGCUUGUCACCAUCGAUACCAUGCGAAAUGUAUAGAUGACUGGUUAGUUAAUGCAGCAGGAUCUUGUCCUCUGUGGUACGUUAGGCGUGCAUGUUUCAGGGCUUCUUCAGAAACUCAUUUGGUUCUAACUUAA